ACAGGACAAAAUAUCAUAAUUCAUGAACCUAUCAACUGCCUAUCAAAAAUGAUUUUGUAUUAAUUAUUGUAUUGUCAUUUCAUUUAUUGUGAAGAGGGCCUAUAAGUUUUUAUAAUAACCAACGGUAAUCUUAUAAGAGUAAUAUAUUGUAUAAACCACACUAAAACUGGAAAAUGAUCAACGAAGUGCUUCAAGUAACUAGCUUUGAUAAGGAACACAAAAUUUCGUCGGAUAAAAUAAGUUCUCCCUCGAUUAAAGGAAAACCAACGCCCGUAGAUUUUGAUACAUUUGUACCCUGGAUUUGUCUUGAAUUUCAAGUACCAUACAAUAUAACUGUUCACAGAAAACAUCAAGAUGAAUAUUCGAGACAUAAACGCCAUAGCCAUAAAGGAUCUAGAAAGUUAGAACAUCCUUUACAUGAAAGUACGAGGAAAGCUCUUGCUAUAAAAGUUUUUAGCAAGAACACAAAACCUGACGAUGAUGAUUCCAUACCAGUAACAGCAUCCUAUAAUAGCAAGGGUCAUUUAACAGAGAUAGCAAUUGUUAAUUCCCCUUACGAAAUCCCUCGAAAACUCAUUAUAGCAUUUACUUUAUGUUUACCAUUUCACAAUUCCUUAGGAAGGAUUACAAUUAUAAAAGACAAAAUUAAUUUCGCUGUCAUUCACGAAAUUAGUAAAUUGCUACCACAUUCAAAUAUAACUCAAGUCUUUCUUGAAAACUGCGAUUCAGGGGCUAAAUAUCAUUUGCUGUUGGAACAUUUAAGUCAAUUAAGGAAUUUAACGCUGCGAAGGCUGGGCAUAGACGAUGACGAAUGUAAGAAUAUAGUGGACAAACUUGGUGUUGGAAAACCAGCUUCAAAAACUUUGUUAACGUUGGAUUUAUCAUCGAAUAAACUUACAGAUGAAGCAGCGCAUGCGUUUGGUUAUAUGCUCCGUGGGAAUAGAUGUUUAUUGCAUUUAAAUUUGUGUAAUAAUAAAAUAAGUGAUAUUGGCGCUGAUUGUAUUUUAAAAAGUUUAACAUCAUUUCUAGUAACUGACAAUGAAAUUUUGGACAAAAAGCGUAGACGUUUUGAAUAUUUGGUUAAAAGAAUUGCUUUUUACAAGCAAUAUAAAAAUGAAUUAAUACUUCGUCAAACUCAAAAAGAAAGUAACAAAGGGAAGAAGCAUAUAAUGCCACAUAAAAAAGGACAUUUAAAGAAAAGCAAAACAGAGCCUUCGUUUUCUAUCAUGUCAAACUUAACAAUAGAUGAGUUAGCGGAAAAAAUGACUCUAGAUAAUAUUGGUGAAUUUAUUGAUGCAUUCGAUGAAGAGAAUUUAGUAAUAGUGCAUGACCAAAAAUUUUCGAUUGGUAAUUUACGUUUAUGUUCUCUUAAUCUAUCUUAUAAUAAUUUGAGUUAUAUAACCGUGCGUAAAAUAUACGAAGUGCUUAAUUAUCAGAUAAAAGUUCUGCCAAAAAAGCUACAUUUGAAUACUGGUCUGAUGAGAAUUCUAUUCGAAGGGAAUUCCACUCCACGAUAUUGUCAGGAGUACAAAGAUAUUUGUCUCCUUCUUGAUAAGGUUAUUUCUGAAAAUGUGACAUUGCCUGAUUUAUCUCAUAGCACGCCUUCUCUAAAGGGUAGGCGAGAUUCGACGCCUUCGGUCAAACGUAGUGGUCAUGGUUCUGCACAUGCCAAAAAAUAAUUGGCCCUCAUAUU